AAAGUCCUUCACUAUUUAGCGGUUGCCCCGAAAUUAGUGUACGUUCCGUCCAUUCUGCUGCCGUCGUCAUUGCACAAGUGCACAAAGGAUGUCUUCAGAUUUGUUUGCCGAUUGGCAUGAGGACAGGAAGGAGCGGGAGGUCACCGCGUCCCGGGCGCCUGCACCUGCCAGAGGGGAGUACCAAUCGCCUUAUGUGAACGCUUCGUCCAACAGCAAUCCGUAUGCUACCGCGUCAUCGGACGACGAUGAGCCGAUCCGACUCGCUGCAUCCAAAGCUGGCGGCCCCCGCAACGUCGGCGGUCGAAUUGGCAAUCAGAAACCCAUGUUUGAGCUGCGCCAGCACGGACUCAAGGUGAGUCGCCGGAAGAACUUCACUCCUCGAUGCAUCAGCGUGGGCAAUGGUGUGAUGGCGAUGGGGUCGGCCGAAGGCACGGUGCUGCGGUGCACGGUCGAGUCAACGGACUCGACACCGCAGUCGAUUGAAGAGAUCAUCGUCGAACCCAAAGUGGCCAUCGUGUCAGUCUUCCUUGAUCCAAGCGGGGGACACAUGCUGUUCAGUUUGGAGAACGGAAGCAACUACUAUCUUCACACGAGCACGAAUCGGCCGCGCAAGAUCACGAAAGCGCAAGGUCGCAUCACGUGCGUCGCGUGGGACCGGCAGCAUGGGUCUCCCGCCAACUCGGAAUCGAUCCUCAUCGGGACGGACGCCGGCGCGAUCUACGAAGCCGAGUUUGACGGCAAGGAGAAGAAGAUGAACUGCGUGUACGCGAUCACCAAACAGGGCGCGAUCGCUGGCCUCGAGUUCGAGCACGUGGACGCGACGCAGAUCUACGUGCUGAUGACCACGUCCGGCGCCAUCCAGCGUCCCACGCGCAUGUACCAGUUCCUCGGCGGCCCAACGUUCCAAGCGCUGUUUGCUUCGUAUCAAUCGAGCGACUCGCUGCGCUUCCAGGAGAUCCAGGGCGACGUCACGACCGCGCAGCUGUCGACGUUCUCCAAACACGAGCGCGAGCGCGCCAAGUGCUUUGGGGUGCUCACUGCCCAGGGGGUGUUCAACGGCGAGUUUGCCAUCUCGGCCAAGAGCUCCAUCGACAACAUCUGGAUCAACUGCGACAUCCUAAGCUUCCCGCACCAGGGGGAGAAGAGCCCCGUGCUGCCUGUGGCCAUGGCCAUGACCGAAUACCAUGUGAUCUUGCUCUACUCCAAGUUCGUCCAAGUGCUGUGCAAGCUGGACGGGUCCAUCGUGCUGGAGGAGUCGUUCGACCCGCGUGUCGGCACAGUCACCGGGCUCGCGUACGAUCCUACCUUCAACACAUUCUGGAUCCUCUCGGAGCGCCGCAUCCUCGAAGUGCUCGUGCUGGACGAAGACCGCAACAUGUGGGCGCUGUACCUGAAUAAGGCCCUCCAUGGCGUCCACGACAAGGGCCGCGCGGACGUCGCUCGUGACUUCAACCGCGCGAUUGCCGUCUGCCGCGACGCCAGCACCCGCCAAAAGGUGUGGACCGCGCACGCGGACGCCAUGUUUGACCGCGACGAGUUUGAAAUCGCCGCCAAGCUGUACGUCAAGAGCAGCCGGUCGUUCGAAGAGGUGGCGCUGCGCUUCAUGGAGGCGGGGGCGACGGCGGGGCUGCACCUGUUUCUGCUCAAGAAGCUCGCGCUGACGCCCGUGGAGGACAAGACCCAGGCGACGGUGCUGUGCACGUGGCUCGUGGAGCUGUACCUAGACAAGUUCAACGACUUGACGGCGCUGAGUGAGCAAGACGUGGACCGGACCAUCGACUUGCACGCCAAUCUUCUGUUCGAGUUCAAGCAAUUUCUCCAAGAUCAGAAGCGUCACUUGGACCCGACGACGACGUUCAACCUGAUUGCAUCGCACGGGCGCACGGACGAGCUCGUGUUCUUUGCGAGUCUGAUUGAAGACUACGAAAAGAUGGUGACGUAUCACAUCCACCGCGGCGAGUACGGCGCCGCGAUCGAGCUGCUGCGGGGCGCGCCGACGCCCAAGGUGGAGGAGCUGUACUACAAGUACUCGCCCGAGCUGAUCGUGGCCAAGCCCAAGGAAGUGUUUGACGCGUGGCGGGCCGCCGAGUCGCUCGAUCCCACGCGGCUGAUUCCGUCCAUCGUGCGCCAUGUGCACCAUCACAAGGACGGCAACGCCCGCAGCGUGUUGGAGCUAGCGAUCAAUUUCCUCAAGUUUGUGAUCGACCAGGGCCACCGUGACGAAACGAUUCACAACUACAUUGUGUUUUUGCUGGCAAAGCACCCGGACGAGCGGCAGCUGAUCAAGUUUCUGCGGCGACCUUCGUCGUCAGCAUCGGCGGCGCCGCUGUACGACCCGGCGUUUGCGUUGCGGCUGUGCACCCAGCACGAGAAGAACCGCGCGUGCAUUUACAUCUACUCGUCCAUGGGGUUGUACCAGGAAGCCGUCGAAAAGGCCCUCCAGGUCGACGUCAAGAUUGCAAAGGAGAUGGCCAGCAUGCCCGACGACGCCGACGUCAAGAAGACACUGUGGACGCUCAUCGCAAAACACACGAUCGACGCGGGCGGUGAUAUCAAGGAGGCCAUGGGUAUCCUCAAGGAGAGCGAGCUGCUGCUGAUUGAAGACAUGUUGCCGUUCUUUCCGGACUUUGUCGUGAUCAACGACUUCAAAAAGGAGAUUUGCCAGAGUCUACAAGCGUACAACGAUCGAAUCGAGCAACUCAAGGGCGAGAUGCGCGAGUACACGGACUCGGCCGAGCUUAUCCGUGAAGACAUGCACAAGCUGCGCAAGCGAUCGGCGUUUGUGAGCGGCAACCAGCGCUGCGACCUGACGGGGGACAACAUUCUCGGCAAGGAGUUCUACUUGUUUCCGUGCGGCCAUGCAUUCCAUGCCGUGGCGCUGCGCCUCGAAAUGCAGAAACAUCUCAACUCGUUUCAGCGCCAAACCGUCAAGCAGCUGAUCCAAAAACUCAACGAACUCUCGGCCGACGACGCCACCAACCAACCGAGCAGCGCGUACCGGCGCGCGUGGAAUGCGCUUACAAAUAACAACAACGACAAGACGGCCGAGGCGACGAUGGCUGCGAUGAAGGGCAACACGAACGAGCGCGACGUGGUGCAGCUCAAGCUCGACGAGAUCGUCGCGGCCGAGUGCAUCUUUUGCGGCGAAGUCAUGAUCAAGUCGAUUCAUACGCCGUUCAUCACGGACGAAGACGAGGCGCGGGAAGGGGCCGAGUGGCGGAUUUAGCAGACAAACAAAUAGGCAGUGUGCUUGUACCCCACAUGUCGUCGCUAAGAGAAUAUCCUACGAAACAUAAUAAAUUCACACGUUUGAGACGACCGGA